AUGUGUUGUAUAUUAUGCGUGUUUAUUGUAUUCAUCGCGUGUGUGUUUGGACAAACAGGCCCAGUUGUGGACACGAGCGUUGGACAAAUAGUUGGGCUGAAAGAUGAGUUCAUUAAGUUUCUUGGGAUACCGUACGCUUUUAUUGAUGUCAACGACCCUUUUGGGCCAGCAAAGCUCCACCUGCCUUUCGAGACCCCGUACCACGCAACUAGAAAUCCAGUAAUUUGCCCGCAGCUAGCGAAUGGAACUCUCCAAGGUGAUAUACAAUGCUUGAAUCUCAACGUCUACUCACCAAUAACCUCAGGUCAGAAGAAGCUUUUGCCAGUAAUGGUCUUUAUCCAUGGCGGAGCUUUCACAGAAGUGAUAAUGCAAGGGCUGCAGUUAGCGUCUCCAGGGCUGUCAGGGAAACCAAAAAACUAUGAAUAUCUUACUGAUUUAGCUGUUAGAGUUGGUUUGGAUAGUAAAUAUGUAGAAACUAAAGAUAUAGUAAGAGAAUUAUCAAAAGUUAGUAUGGAUUUAUUAGUUAACGUAACAUAUUCUGAUAGAUUCAGACCUUGCAUUGAUAAUUCUGUUAUUGGAGAUUCAUCUUUAAAUCAGAAUCUUAAAGAUGUAAAGAUAAUAAUAGGAAGUGCAUCUAAAGAAAGUUUAUUUAUUUAUAACAAUGAACCAAACUAUGCAAAUUUAAUAAAAAGGGAAUUAAAGAAAGAGUUUGAUAAUAUAGAACAUGGUGUUGACAGAGUUGAAAAUUAUUAUUUGAAUAACAACUUAAAAAAUGAUGUUGUUGAUUUCGGUUGUGAUUUCAUUUUUAAUUAUCCUUUGGAGAGAUCUGUAAGGCAUUUGAUGAGGAGUAACGCGACAAUUUAUCGAUAUUUAUUUUCGUACAAUGGUGGGAGGAACUUUAUCAAAUUCCGUGAUGGCAUCGACGCAGAAGGCGCAACCCAUGGCGAUGAACUUGGGUAUUUAUUCGAUCCAGAUUUAUUUGGGGACGCAAUCACAGCGAGAGAUCAAUCUGUUAUUGACACCAUAACUACUUUCUGGACAAAUUUCGCCAAAUUUGGAGACCCAACACCGUCCGAGUUGUCACCGGUCACUCUGUGGCCGGUGUUAGACGAGAGAUCUAACUACAUUGACAUUGGAACAACUCCUUUAGUGGAAGCUGGAUAUCGGAAGGAUCAGAUAACAUUCUGGGAUUCGUUCUAUGAGGAGUUUGGAGCACUAUCAAAAGGGUUAUAUUACGUAGAAGAAAACGUUUAA